UUUAGAAUAGUGCAUCAUCCAUCUGAUCAGGACGUCUUUUUUCACUCUGUGGUUAGUAGUCUGUUGUUUUCUGUCAUACAAUCGAAACUAUGUGGUGAAUAUAAUUUUAAUUUAACGAAAAAAUAUGUUUAAAGACUAUUGUGUAAUAUACUAAGGCGAACGAAGAUAACAGUGUGGUAUAUUUAAACGACAUUAAAGAAAUGGGGCAUUAUAAUAAAAGCGGAAACGAAAUCAAAGAUAUUGUAUGAGUCGAUGAGUUUGAAGCCAUCGCUAUGGAUACAUUGCACGUGGGACACGGUCAUAGCAAGGGGUCCAGUAGGAGCCAGUCGCCUUCAGCCGCGGACCUCAGGGACCCUGCUGUCGUCACCGAUGACGUCAUCAGGUCCAGGGUUCAAUCUCCAUCGGCUGCACAUCAUUUCUCGAUUAUAUUCAAGGAUGGUCGACAUGGCGAAUCCCGUCCACAUCACGUUAAAUCCCAUUCGAGGGAUUUGGGCAGCAAUCCGCUAUGCAGCAGCACAACAGCAAACACAUCCAGAGACUUGGAAGAGUCGCCACAAAAGAAGCCCAGCAUACAUCCAGACUACACGUUCGCCGUCUGCAGUCCUAACGUGUCGUAUGCUCUGUCAUCAGCGGAUGAAUACGGCUCACCAGGUUACAGAAGUCAAGAUGGAGAUUAUUUGAGCCAAGAGGACAUGGAUGGUAAUUCAACAGCGACGUCGUCCAAGGCGCAGGCUGCCAUCGCUCAUCUGAACGCUAAGAUAGAACGCACCAAGGAUCUCAUACGACUGGAACAGACCACCAGAGAUGAGAACGUGAACGAGUACCUGAAGCUAGCAGCGAACGCUGACAAGCAGCAGCUGGCGAGGAUCAAAGCUGUGUUCGAGAAGAAGAAUCAGAAGAGUGCGCUCUGUAUCGUACAGCUGCAGAAGAAGCUGGAGGGGUACAACAAGAGAAUUAAGAGCUGGGAGCAACACGGCACUAGCGGCCAGUCGCACAGACAACCGAGGGAAGUGUUACGAGAUAUGGGACAAGGACUCAAGAACGUCGGCGGUAACAUUCGUGACGGCAUCACGGGUCUCGGCGGCAGUGUGAUGUCGGCACCCAGAGAGUUCGCUCACCUCUUCUCGCGGUCCAACCGAUUCGGCUCAGCUGACAACAUCGCACAUCUCGCCGAAAACACUGGCCCCUCGAACGCGUCGUCUGAAGGCUCCCGUGCGUCGGAGGGCGAAGGCGCCCGGGGCUCUACGCUGCCUCGCGCGGGCGCCGCCCCCUCGCCCGCCCAGAAGUACGUCUCGCCGGAGGCUUCGCCCUCCUCGUCCGUCACCAGCGAGGGAGCCCCUUACCCGACACAAACGAAUUCAAACAACAUCGAAGCUUCAUUUAGCCUCAAACCCAUACUGAACGAGCUGAAGGAGAGAAGAGAAGAUUACGAGAGGAUCGCUGAGAAGAUAGACGCCUUGAAGAACCUCUCCCAGGAAGUGUCAUUCCUGUCCGCGGCGCUGCAGGAGGAGCGCUUCAAGGCUGAGAGGCUCGAGGAACAGAUCAAUGAUCUCACUGAACUGCAUCAAAACGAGGUUGAAAAUUUGAAGCAGGCACUAACAGACGUCGAGGAAAAAGUACAAUAUCAGAGCGAGGAACGAAUACGAGAUAUACAUGAAGCGUUGGACCUGUGUCAGACCAAGAUCAGUAAGUUGGAGCAGUGGAUGUCGGGUGGUGCGGGGGGCGGUGGGGCCGGCGGGGGCGGGGGGGAGUCUGGUGGUGCCGCGGCGCUACCACCGCGACUACUGCUCGUCAAGUUGCUGAACGUUGCCAUCACAUUGCUGCAGUUGGCAUUAUUGCUGGUAGCAACAGUCGCUGGUGUGGCCAUGCCGUUCUUGAGAACCAGAGUCCGUGUCCUGACCACCAGUCUUGCUGUGAUGUUGGGUGUGAUGGUAUUAAAACAGUGGCCGGAAGUCACUCAACUGUCAGAACAUCUCCUGAAAAGGCUCAAGGAAUACUUGUUGGACAAACAUCACGACAGGUAUGAAUGCAAGUCGUUGUGUGCUUGAUGAGGUUACGAGUUUUGGGAAGAAACGGUAAUAUUGCAAUUCGGUCCUGCAAUUUGUUAAGUUACAGAUUGUAUGAUAUUUUUGAACAAGUUAUCCGAGAUUGACGGGUUACUCUGUGCACGGAUCGUUUAAGGUAGUAGGUGAAUAUGGUAAAAAAAAAAAUUUUAGGACUUUUUUUUUUUUAUUCAAAUAGACAUGUUUAUUUCAAUACAAAAAUAAUUGGGAUUUAAUACAUAAGGACAAUUAAUAUAUAUUUUUUUAUUAUAUCAAUACUAUCCGAUACAUUUAAUCUCUCAAAAUAUGCAAAUUUUAAUAGAAUUGAAUAUAAUGUUAUUAUUUUGAAAUAAGAAUGGUUUUUAAUUAAUUGUCUAGUUUACGGAACAAACUUAAAUCUGAAGUGUUUGAAAGCGAUUCAGUAACAUGUAAUAGAUGGAAUUUAGGUUUAGUUAUAGGGCUGGUUCCCCCGACGUAGAUGUCUGUCGCAAUGACACUGUCCGCUUAAAAUUUUUUGAUAUUAAAAAUAUUUUGCCUAAUAUGUGAUUGUAUGUGACAUUGCGGCGAAAAAAAAUUAAAUAAAUGUACCUCGGGUUAAAGGCUGAUACAAAAAUUAGUGAAAUCUCGAAUUCCUUGGAGUUUGAAGCGCUCGCGAGGUCCAGGGUUAUGUCAUUUUAAAUUGACUGUUCAGUUUUGGAAGAUUCAUCGGAAACUUAUUAGUUCCCUCAGAUAUUAUAUCUCCAUGUGCUCGUGUUGUCAUCGCGCGGAUGAAGAGUCAAACGUUAUUUAUUGAUUGAAUAUUGGUGAGAUACAUUUUUAGGAAAAUUAGACUGUUUUUUUUUUAUAUGUCGUGUCUGCACCGAAUGGAAUGUUAAUUCAAUAGUUUUAAAGUUUCCUGUAGUUUGUGUUUGUUGAUCGAGACCAAAUUUUUUACAUAUUUUUGUGAUCCAAUUUUAUUGUUAAAAAGCCUGUAAAAUUCCAGCGACGUUGUAAUUCUAUUGAAUUUUAUUUUGUUAAGUAUUUCGAACAAUUCUUCUCCAAUAUUAUUUUUUGUAUUUUCAACUCAUUAUUGACUAAACCGGUUUUUGAGAUGUUAGAACAUUACUUAAUUCAUAAAAUUACAUAUUUUUUUGUAAUUUAAUACCCAGUCUUAAGUGUAAAAAGAAUUGUACCCUUUUGUUAAAUGAUAUGCUUAAGGAGAAUCUUUUGUAUUGAUAUUUUGUAAACAUUCCAAAUUUCUUACAAACUAAUAGUUUAAAAAGGGAUUCAUGGAAAUAUAGAACCUAGACUCCGCCCUGAAAUGUUUUGUGAAACAUGAUGUACAAAGCUUUCAUUAUCUGUAUAUUGUGUAAAUAUUAUUUUAUAAUCUGUCUUGUAAUUUGUAUCUGCUAUGUACACAAAAUUUUAAUGUAAAAUGUAGGAACAUUUGUUUUCUUCGUACAGAGGAAGUCAAAUGUUUUUUUUUUGUAUAGCAACACUGUAGAGUUAAACCACAUUGUGAUCGCUCUCCCAUCCUGUACUGAAUAUUGUAUUACAUGUUAAUUAUAUUGUUUUGUUGCCUGCCGUGUAACGAAUUAAAUCAUCACAAAUAUACUCGAA